AUGCCGCCGUCCAGGGACUGUGACUUGACUUCGCUAACACUGCUCGGUCCAGCUGUCGCACGAGCGCAAGCACCUUGGGCGCGGCUUCCUGGAGCUCGUAGCGCCUCUGCACCGGCACCUAGAUGCCUGCAACCGCUUGCUCCACGCUCUGCAGCACCUGACCAGAGGUCGGCUGCCAUCGAUAGCCCGGCCUCCUCGCCAUUGCCAACGCCAACCACUUCCACCAAUAAUUCGCGGAUCAAGGACGAGCGCGUCGUCGGCCAGCAUGGCAACAAGACGGUACAGGCCGAAGCUGAUGGAUUUGCUGCGCAACCCUUUAGCAUUUACAUCGACCUCUGCCGGUCCGACGACGACGAGGCGGGGCCAUCUCGACAGGAGCGCGAAAAGCGACAACUCGCGGAAACGCCAAGACGCAAGAUUGUCGACUGGCUCUCGACAACCGAUGCAGCCACGCAGGAUUCGAGCUUGGACGACGCCAGACCGCCUUCAGUAAACUGCAAAAUGACAAUACCGUGGCCACCCAGUCCUACGGGCAGCGCAUUCUCGCAUUAUCUGGACGAGCUGCUCGGUCCCAACUUCAUCAGGAAGCGCCUCGAAAGAGCGCCAACAGGCUUCACUGCAGCUCCUUCCAGAAGACGUACAGCAACUUACGGCACUUCUUCUCGACCAAACAAGGUUCUAGGUAGACUCGAUUACAUCAAGUGGAGUCCAAUUUCGCGCAAUCCAUGCGAUCGAUGCAAGGAGCGUAAGCUUCGAUGUAUCAACACUUCGAUAACGGGGAGGAUGGUCUGCGACUUCUGCCAUAGUCGACACUCCGCCUGCCUGCGCAACGGAAUCCGUCACUCGGAUAAACCGGCAAUCGACUCUUAA